AAUUGUAGAAUAUAACAAAAAACAGUUAUAUAUUAUUGCAUUAUCAUGAGCGAAACUACAGAAACACAGAUUAGAGACAAUACGGUCUCUGUUAUAACUGAGCAGGAACGUACUUUGGCACAAAAUGCAUUAUCAGAUUUUCAGAAAGGUUCCUACAUAUCAUGUUUGUCACAUUUAAAUAGGCUAGAAAGCCUCAGGCCUACGGAUCUUAAAGUUACACAUAAUAAAGUUGUUGUGGAAUAUUAUAAGAGUGAUUUGAAGAAAACUGAAUUGAUGCGAAAGAGUUUAAAUGCUAUAUGUGGUCAGAUAUCAACAACAGACUCUAGUGAGGCUAUUGAUGAUGUUGAAAAGUGUGUUAUGAGGUAUAAUCAAGCUGUAUUAUUAUAUCAUACUAGACAAUAUAAUGCAGCAAUUCAAAUUAUGAAUAGGCUCUUUGCCUUUAUUGAGCCAAUGGAAGAAACUUUAGCACACAAAGUUUGUCUACUAUUAAUCGAAUUAUAUAUUGUUAUGGAGCAACCAGAUACAGCUAUUUCAAUAUUAAAUUAUGUAGAAAGUCAAUUUGUAUCUACUGACAAUUCUAAGAUAUCAUCUGUUGACAAGGAUGGUAUGAUGAAAUCUGUAAAGGAUCAGAAAGAACAAAAAAAAGGUGUUAGUGAUACUGCAACAGAUGCAUUUAAAAUAAAACUUUUGAAAUAUAAAGCAAGGAUAUAUCUUCUGACUCAUCAACUAAAACUUUGCAAAAAAGAAUGGAAGACAUUAGUUUCAUUGGGUACUCCAGUGGUGAAUACAUCAACAAUUUUUUUGAAAGCUAAUCUAGAAUAUUUACGAGGAAAUCAUAAAAAAGCAAUGAAAUUGUUGAAUUCUGCAACUACGGAAAAUUUAGAUUUUAAAUCAUGUGGUGAGUCUUUGGCUGUUUUAUAUUAUAACAACAUGGCAUGUUUGCAUUUUGCAAUGAAUAAGCCAAAUUUGGCUUGUUUCUAUCUGCGGAAAGCUCUUCACGAAAAUAAAUGUGCAGUGGAAAGUGUGCAAGUUAAAGAUACUGAUGCCUCAUCCUCUCAACCAUUGUAUACACUUGGUAGUAAUAAACACUAUGAGCUGAUGUACAGUUUGGGAGUAUCAUUGUUGCAUGCUGGUCAAGCAUCAAAAGCCUUCGAUUGUUUUACGGAAGCAGCACAGAGGUUUCACAAUAAUCCUAAGCUGUGGCUCAGAAUGGCGGAAUGUUGUAUCUAUUGUCACAAACAUUCAAAUGAAGUCGAUUUUAAAAUUUUACGUCGACGUGAGGAUCUGGUGCAGAAAAUCAUAGGUUCUGGAGUUUAUAAAAAAAUCAUAUUAGCCACAUCUCUUUCCGAAAAGGUGAACUAUCAUUCCGAAGGCUUGUCCUACGCGAUUCCACAGCCAACAUUAGAAUUCGGAUCUUUGUGUCUGAAAAAUGCAUUAUUUCUACUGCCAAACAACAACGAGCCAAAUAUACCAGCGACAACUACCACAAAUUCACAAACAGUAUCACUAUCGUUAACACCUGGUCAUAACUUGGGUAUCCAGCAUAAUACUACGCCAAUGUCUCAAGCCACGGCUAUCGAAUCUUUUAAUUUAAGAAUCAGCGUGUUGGCUGCUAGCGCAUACGUUUCUUUGUGCCUUGGAGAUUACACACUUGCCCUUGAGCACGCAAAAGCACUGCUGAGCUUUAAUAAGCUGCCUGGUGCAUAUAGAAUGUUAGGUAACUUAUAUGCUGCCGAAAGUCUGAUAUUUAUCGACAAAAUUAGCGAAGCUCUUGAAUAUCUGAAACCGGAAAAUCUUCAAGAUUUAAAUACAUUUACGACUAUGCCGGAAGUCCCCGAGAAGGAUAAAGAGAAAGCGGAGGAAGUCGUGAUGAAGCCUAUAAAAACGUGGUAUCCUACAACAAUUUCUACGGGCAUUGCCGUGUUACGUUACAACUUGGCUGUGGCUUAUGCCAUACGUGGCGAAUUAGAUAAAGCUGGAGAAACUUUGAAACAGGUAUGGGUGUCGAAACCGCAAGAUUGUGAUGUACCGAUACAAGUGAUAAUGUUAGCUUUGUACAUAGAGUUACAAUUAGGUCGUGCGGAUAUCUCCAUCGAUAAUAAAACAACAUUGUGUACAAUGUCGUUAACGAUCAAGAUUUACACGACUCUAAAAGUUACAGACUUUUAUGUCUGUUAAGUUAGUGUAUACAAGAAGUCCAGUAAAUUUCUAUCAUUUAUGAAACUAAUGACUAUAGAAGACAAUGUUGCAGAUAAGAGUUACUUGUGAUAAAGACGUCCUAUAACAUAACUUUAUCCUAAGCAAAAUCAUUAUCAAGAUAUGAGUGUU